CGAAAAAUCGACCCGCACAUGGAACGAAGUCGCCGAGCCUGCCUUUCUGCAAGGGUUCAAUGCGCAGCUUUUCUGUCGGCCUCUGCGUGCCGCCCGUUCUGCUUGCAUCUCUCGUGCGUCCGAUCUCCGAUGCGAAACUGCGCGAUAUGGCGCGCCCCGCGUGCCCGCGUCCUUGACAAGUUUGACUCUCUUGAUGUCUCGAAAUGACGCUGUCCCAUCUUUACCGACAGUAUGAUGUCGCUCCUCCGCGACUUUCGGUCGGAAAGCACGCCAUGUUCUUGGCAACUUGUCUAAGGCGUUUUCCAUAGAGCACCAGACAUCACAGAAACGGCGUUGAGUUGUAGUCUGCUACUCAACAGCAGUCUUGUCGCUCUCUCCGUGUCUCGUGUGUUGCGAGCAAAUCACCUCGCCAUCGAGACACCAUGGCUUCUUCGGUAUUCAGCCUCCAGGGCGCUACGAUCGCCACCGCGAUUGAGGUGUUUCUGAUAGUCAAGUUGGCAACUGGAAUUGACAUUGGGCUGCGCUGGAUUGCACUGUCCGUGUUUAGCAUCAAUUGUGCUAUCGUGAUCCUCUACAACACCAUAGUCCAUCCGGACUUCAUCAGUCCCUUGCGCAACAUUGCGGGGCCCAAGUGGUCUCUUCCCCGAAUCACCGUCCACAGGCUCAGCAGCAGUUCCACACAAGGCGAGUUGCUGCUCCAGAUGGCUCGCGAAACACCCAACGACGGCAUCGUGGCGCUGAGAGAGUUCACGAGGAGGCGCUUGUUGGUCACCAAGCCGCACGUCCUGGCAGAUGUGCUGGUGCAUCGAUAUCAAGACUUUGAGAAGCCCGAGAACAUGCGACGCUUCCUCCGAAACCUGGUUGGCGACGGGCUUCUGAUGCUGGAAGGGGAGGCGCACAAAUUCAUGAGGCGGAGCACAAACCCUGCGUUCAACUUCCGCCGCAUCAAGGACCUGUAUCCCAUGAUGUGGAAGAACUCGCUCGCCUUCCGCGAGGUGCUGGAGGCUGACCUACGGGCCCAGAGUCCGGCGGCUGACACCCCGCAGGGCUCAGCUGAGGUAACACACUGGGCGAACAAGAUAACCCUGAAUAUCAUUGGCAAUUCCCUCCUCGGCAAGGAUUUGAACGUGUUUGGCGGCCGCGAGGACAGGCUGGUGAAAAGCUACGAAGUCGUGUUCGACCCGAGCAAGGAAAUGCUGCUGUACUUUGUCUUGUCGGCCUGGUUCUCACAUCGGCUGGCCAAUGCUCUCCCGUGGAGGAUGCGCCGCGUUUUCAAGGAGACGACGGGAACACUGAAGAGUAUCUGCGUCCAGAUGGCCCGCGACAGGCGCGAGGAAAUCAAGAAGGGCGCUCAACAUGUUGAUAUUCUUACCCAGCUUAUCAAGCUGGAGGUAUUUUCGGACGACGAGCUUGGUGAUCAACUGCUUACCUUCCUCGCAGCAGGGCACGACACAACAGCACUUACGCUCACGUGGGCAUGCUAUCUCCUUGCUCUUGAUCCAGCCCUGCAGGGUACUCUCCGAAAGGAGGUGCGGGACAAUCUGCCCUCAUACACGCAGGGGGAAUCCGCUGGCGAUCUAUCCGCCGACGAGCUUGCGGGCAUCAUGGAGCGCCUCCCCCUGCUAAACGGCGUCAUUAGCGAGACGCUGCGUCUCUAUCCGACGGUCCCGGUAUCCAUCCGGACAGCGGUGCGAGACACGACUCUCGGGGGCCAGCCGAUCCCCAAAGACACCGAAAUUCUCUUGUCGCCGUGGGUCAUCAACCGAUCACACGAGCUGUGGGGCGCAGACGCGGACUCGUUCCGGCCAGAGAGGUGGAUCUCGUCGGUUGUUCCGGACGGCCACGGAGGAGCCGAAGGGGCCAAAGAAGGAGAGAAGCACAACGGAGGAACAGCAACAGAAGGCCUCUGGUACAAGCCGAACUACACGGGUGGCGCGAGCAGCAACUACGACUUCUUGACGUUCCUGCACGGCCCGCGCAGCUGUAUCGGGCAAACCUUUGCGCGGGCCGAGUUAAGAUGUCUUUUGGCCGCCAUGAUAUCGCACUUUGAGUGGACAUUGGAUAUGGACCCCAAGGAUGUCAUCCCCAGCGGCGCAAUCACCAUCAAGCCCCAGAAUGGCCUGCAUUUGAAAUUGAGGGUGGCCAAGUAAAGUUAUUAGUUUCCCAUCUCGUUGAUAAUUUGUCAGAACUAGACGUUGCGCAUGCCGUAGUUUGUAGCUAGGCCGGACUAGGCCGGAUUGUCAUCCGUGUAAUGCUGGAGUUUCAAUCUGACUGGAACUGACUGUUGGGUGAACAUUGUUUUGAAUCGGAAAUAGGGAGGGUUCAGCAUGUAUGAUGUCGAUAUGUUCAACAUGCUCAGUUCUAACUGCAGUGGACU